GUCCAGUUCGUGAACUGUCAAAACCAUUUUGUUUGUACACAUAUUUACGUCGUCUUCGUGAUAUAUUUUAAACAUUCCUACGAAUUUUAAUGCAUAUUUUAUGUUAAUACGCAACGAUGGACCCGCUAAUGUGUCGCCUCUGUCUUACGCCAAAUUCCGGCACUGUGGCCCUGUACAACCAACAAACCAUGGAACCGAACAUCCUGCUCAUCCAGAAGGUGGUCGAGUGUACCUCCAUUAAGUUAUCCGUAGCAGACGACUAUCCGUCGUCGGUAUGUUCCGACUGUAUACAGAAACUGAACGAGUGGUCCACGUUUAAGAUUCAGUGUAUAGUUAAUAAUGAUUUUUACCGCAAAAAGCAAUCCGAACUGCGUAAGCAGCUGCUUACCGAUACGCAACAAGCGACGGAGGUGGUCUGCUUGGAUGAUAGCGACGAUGAGCAGUUGCCACAAGUGAAGGAACCACCCCCGAAGAAGGCGAAGAUUGAGCAACAUGUUGUAAUUGACGAUGACGACUCCUCUUAUGAGCAUAGCCAACUCUUAAUGGGAACACGCGUCGCUAACAGCAAGUCACUCGACCCUACGCCCAUGUUUCGCGGAGAGGUUGGUGGUCAACGGGGCAGAGAUUGCUACGAGCAAGAAGACACCUCACUGGACGACUACGAGCUCAUUGAUGGGCAGGAAGUGGAGCCAUAUCCACUGGAUCAGCAGUACUCGAUGGAUAGUAGUGCCAUCCUUUCCUCGAUUCUGCUGGACGACGAUGAAAGCAGCAGCUCUCUGGUGGAGGAAGCCGAACCCGGUUUGUAUGAAAAGGAUCUAUUUGGGUGCACUUUCUGCAAACGUCGAUACUCCUCCGAGCGGAAGCUGAGGACACACGAAAAGUUGCACCAGGAAAACCGUAUGAAGUGCUUCGUUUGUGGUAAGUGGAUCGUCCUGCAGAUGGUGCGACAUUUGCGAUCACAGCACCCGGGGCAGUCGUUCCCGGAGCCAGUACGCUGCUGGCACAGUAAGUGCGUCCACUCGCCGGUGCUAUACCACGACGUUGAUCAACUGCUUGCCCACAUGGAAACUAAACGGCGAAAGUAGACGUGGGAAGCUGUGUUCAGGCCUGGCCUGGUCUGUUAGUAUUAUCUGCCUGCAAUUUCGAAUACUCGCGCUUAACCGGGUAUCGGUUACUGUGCAAUCCUUUUUUUUACAGACAUACAAACUGUAGAAUUACGUUAAAAAUCUUGCCAGCCGUGGCAAGUGUAAACAAUAAAAUAUAUAUAGACUAUUAAGCAAGACAGUAUUGAACCUGAAGCUGAAAGAUACGAAGACUGUUCUAGGAAAUCGAUUGCUAUCAAUCAGUCUCUUAUCUGCAAACACCACGCGAUUUUUGCUUGAAGCGGUAGGUCGCAAAGCUGGUACUAUUCGGGGAGCGGGGAACCACUACAAAAGUUGGAUCUUAUCGCACACUCGGCCGUUGAUAACCCUAUCUCGUUCAGAGAAAAUUGCCUAAUCGUGGUUAGAGAACAAGCUAAAAUCUAGGUACCAGUUACUAGUGGCGGCCGCGGUUUGUAAUUUUGCCAUCGACUUUUUGACUCAACAAACCGAGUUUGGAUAGAGGACUUGGGAAUUGCAAUAAACAUAGGAAUUAGGCAAUUUUUAAAUUGGAAAUCGCAUGUACGUCAGCGUUAGGGCAAACAAGAACAUUCUGUUAAUCGAUAACAUAUGCGUCGUUGCCGCAAACUUGAUUUUUUUUCAAUUUAAUUUCCUAAUAAAGUAAUUUAAUCAUAAGAAUAUAAAAUAUUCAGAAAAUGCAAUAAA